UUCAAAUACUCUAUCUGGACUCUUAUAAGUCCCUGAUCUAGYCGGCUGUAGACCUAAACACUMUUUUAAUGGCAUCCGUGCCGAAUUCGUCGGCCGUAAGGGCUCUCCAUUUAGAACUGAGAAAGCUUACCGAAGAACCCGUCGAAGGCUUUCGAGUGAAGGUUCCUGAUGAAAGCAAUCUGUUUGAAUGGGAUGUAGCGAUCUUUGGCCCUCCAGGAACGCACUACGAAGGCGGAUACUUUAAAGCUCACAUGUCUUUUCCUCAAGAUUAUCCGUAUUCUCCGCCGACCUUUCGUUUCCUUACAAAAAUGUAYCAUCCAAAUAUCUAUGAGUCCGGAGAUGUAUGUAUUUCAAUUCUACAUCCCCCAGUAGACGAUCCUCAAAGUGGCGAACUUCCGUCAGAAAGAUGGAAUCCAACUCAAAACGUCAGAACAAUUCUGCUUAGUGUAAUAUCUCUUCUUAAUGAACCAAAUACAUUUUCACCAGCUAAUGUUGAUGCUUCAGUUAUGUUUCGUAAGUGGAGGGAUUCCAAAGGAAAAGAUAAUGAAUAUGAAAAAAUUAUCAAAAAACAAGUUCAACGUUCAAGACUGGAUGCUGAAAAAGAUGGCAUUCAUGUUCCUACAACUGUCCAAGAAUACUGUAUCAAAUCAAAACCUACCAAGUCAGAGAGUGACGACUUUACUGACUUUUAUGAUGAUGAUUACGGUGACGACAUGAAUGAUUUCGAUGAUGAUGAUGAAUGUAUGGAAUAUAGCGAAGAUUCUGGCAAUGAAGAAACAUGACGGAAAAACUUAACCCUGUACAUUUUCUACUUUGUAUCAUACAGCAGUAUUACCUAAUAUAAGAUCAAACUCUAACAAUAUARGAAGAAGAUAUGAAAGGAAAGCCUUUGAACAAUCAGCCACUUACAUCUCACAAGAAUCCCUUCCAAGAACAACCAUCCAAACUGCACUAACAAUUUGUAUCCAGAGAUUUUCAAAGAGCUUUUGAUGUGAUAGUGAUGAAUAUAACUAUAGCAAUGUAAUAUAAUACUGUUAUAAGGAAGAGGUGUCUGUAUUAAUGUAUAAUGAAAAAUUGUGUUUUUUCCUAAAAUUAAAAAGAAUAAUCAGCAUUUAUUACUUAACCGCAUUUGUUGAAUAGAGUGAAAAGUU